CUCCUCCUCCGACCCCGCCCCGAUUCUGCCCUCUCAUUGGCCAAGCCCGCCGGCCGGGCCUCCCCCCGGAUUUAAAGGGCCCGCUCUCUGCGCCGCCUUGGGAACCGCAGCUGGUCCCGGCCUUGCGGCCUGCGGGGGAGGCUGCCCGGAGGAGGCGGUGACGGUGGCGGCGGCAGUGCGUCCCGGGCCCCCAGGACCGUGGCUUCCUUCCUGCCAGGUCUACCCAUCUGUCCAACCAUCCGUGGGGGUCCGCAAUGGCUACCUUUAGCCGCCAGGAAUUUUUCCAGCAACUGCUGCAGGGCUGUCUCCUGCCUACUGCCCAGCAGGGCCUUGACCAGAUCUGGCUACUCCUUGUUAUCUGCCUCGCCUGUCGUCUCCUCUGGAGGCUUGGGUUACCCUCCUACUUGAAGCACGCAAGCACCGUGGCCGGCGGGUUCUUCAGCCUCUACCACUUCUUCCAACUGCACAUGGUUUGGGUCGUGCUGCUCAGCCUCUUGUGCUACCUCGUGCUGUUCCUCUGCCGACAUUCCUCCCAUCGGGGCGUGUUCCUCUCCGUCACCAUCCUCAUCUACCUGCUUAUGGGUGAGAUGCACAUGGUGGACACCGUGACAUGGCACAAGAUGAGAGGGGCCCAGAUGAUCGUGGCCAUGAAGGCGGUGUCUCUGGGCUUCGACCUGGACCGGGGCGAGGUGGGUGCUGUGCCCUCGCCCGUGGAGUUCAUGGGCUACCUCUACUUCGUGGGCACCAUCGUCUUUGGGCCCUGGAUAUCCUUCCACAGCUACCUACAGGCUGUCCAAGGCCGCCCGCUGAGCCGCCAAUGGCUGCAGAAGGUGGCCCGGAGCCUGGCGCUGGCCCUGCUGUGCCUUGUGCUGUCCACCUGUGUGGGCCCUUACCUCUUCCCGUACUUCAUCCCCCUCGAUGGUGACCGCCUCCUUCGCAACAAGAAACGCAAAGCCAGGGGCGCCAUGGUAAGGUGGCUGCGAGCCUACGAGAGUGCGGUCUCCUUCCACUUCAGCAACUAUUUCGUGGGCUUUUUGUCUGAGGCCACAGCCACGUUGGCAGGGGCCGGCUUCACCGAGGAAAAGGAUCACCUGGAAUGGGAUCUGACUGUGUCCAAGCCCUUGAAUGUGGAGUUGCCCCGGUCCAUGGUGGAAGUGGUCACCAGCUGGAACCUGCCCAUGUCUUACUGGCUAAAUAAUUAUGUUUUCAAGAAUGCUCUCCGCCUGGGAACAUUCUCUGCUGUGCUGGUCACCUAUGCGGCCAGCGCCCUCCUGCACGGUUUCAGUUUCCAUCUGGCGGCAGUGCUGCUAUCCCUGGCGUUCAUCACAUAUGUGGAGCAUGUCCUUCGGAAGCGCCUGGCUCGGAUCCUCAGUGCCUGCGUCUUGUCAAAACGAUGCCCACCAGACUGUUUGCACCAGCAUCGUUUGGGCCUUGGGGUGCGAACCUUAAACCUGCUCUUUGGGGCCCUAGCCAUCUUCCACCUGGCCUACCUGGGUUCCCUGUUCGAUGUCGAUGUGGACGACACCACAGAGGAGCAGUUUUUUGGCCACACCCGGUGAUACUCAGGGGGUUACUCCUGGCUCUACAUUCAGGAAUCACUCCUGGCAGUGCUCAGGGGACCACAUGGGAUGCCGGGGAUCGAACCUGGCAAGGCGUGCAAGGCAAGCGCCUUACCCUCUGUACUAUCUCUCCGUCCCCUGACCUUGGGUAUUUUUUUUCUUUUCUUGCCUUUGAUGCAGCAGUGUUCAUUGGUUCUUCCUGGCUCAGGGCUUGGGGGUCAUUUCCUGUGGUGCUCAGGGAACCAUGUGGUACCAAGGAUCGAACCCAGGGCUCCUGCAUGCAAAGCCUGCGCUGAACCUGUUAUGUUGUCUCCCUGCCCCCCUUACCCUGGUUUUUACCUUAACACAUGAACCAAAUGCUUCUGCAUGUUGCUUUUUUCCAUAAUAAUUCUUGAAAAUCUUCCCCAUCAUUCUCAGUGUCGUCAUUCAUUUUUUCCACCAUGAGGAUAUGACACUAUCAUUUGUUCUUUAUGGGAUCUGUGGGCAGCUCAGUUAUUUCCAGUACUUUGUUACUAUAUAUGCUGCUGCCCCAAGUAAUACCCUCCUGUAGGGUCACAUGGGUUGUAGACAGAACUGUAGGAUCUAGGCUGACAGUCACAAUGCAGAAAAUACCUUUUUGCCUUCCCACCAGCAAUGCGCAUUACCCCACCCAGAGAGUGCCUCUCAGACUUCUGGAUAUUAUUUGCCAUCAUAAUAGGAGUAAGACUAUAAGUGAGGCUGACAAUCUUUUCAUACAUUUAAGAGCUCUUCAUUUUUCCCUUUACUGAGAAUGGCCUAUUCACUUCCUUGGCCAUUUUUUGUUUUAAAAAUAUCUGUGUCUAGGAGCUCUUUAAGGGACAAUACAGGUCAGAAAAUCAGAUGACCUUAUCUUAUUUUGUUAAGGAUAUUUCAAGAAGAAAACACCAAAAGGGGCAGCAUAGGGGAUUAAUAUUCACUUACAAUACCAGAGUUCUUUGUGGCUCCACCUAGAACUAUGAGUCAUAGCAAUACCUUCGAACAAAGGAUGGAUUUUCCCAAGACCUGCUUUGUUCUUGCUGAGCAGGACUGUCA